UCUCAUCCACAGAGAGGGAUUUCGCACGCGCGCUUCUGAUGGACCGAGUCACCGCGGACUCACGAGCUCCAGCAGCGGCUCAGCCCAGCGGUUUCUCCAACGGAUUAAAAGCGGGAACUUUCUGCAGCUCUGAGGAAAAUACGGCAGCCUCUGAGCCUCUCUACACACACACACACAUUCACUCACGAAGAGAGAGAGAGAGACGGACAGCCGCUGUAUGUUCCUAUAUCCUGCUCUCACUGUUUCUUUCCUCGGUUAAUAACAGUGUUAUUUAGAGUGAGGAGCUGCAGGGCAGGCCUGCGGACUAACACUGCAGGCGUGUGGCCCUUUCUACCAAUCAGGAGAUGCCGAGAUUACAGCCCCCCAACAGCACCUCCAGCAUCGCCAACAAUGAUUAUGAAUGGAGGUACGAAUACUACGAUGACGAGGAGCCCGUGUCCUUCGAGGGACUGAAGGCGCACAGAUAUUCUAUUGUGAUUGGUUUCUGGGUGGGCCUGGCUGUGUUUGUUAUUUUCAUGUUCUUCGUGCUGACUCUGUUGACCAAGACAGGAGCUCCACAUCCAGAGAGUGCUGAGCCAUGCGAGGACUGUGUGCAUCUGACCAGCUGUGUUGAAGAAUUAGGCCGCCCGAGGGAAGCAGACAACACGAGAGCCGGUCUGUCCCGGCCUUUACUGGAGGAGUCACGCUUUCUCUUCAACUGCUACAUUAAUGAAGAAGAGCAGGCAGGGGAACGCUCCCUGGACAGAGCCUGCAGGGCUCAUGCACAGUUCAGCAGCUCUGAGUCGAGCAGGCAGGUGGAGGCCGGCCUUAUUGUUCAGAGAAACCAGGCGGAGACGAGUGAGGAUAACGAGGCCGCUUUUCUGGCACACUUCAACAUCCCAAACUUUGUGAACUCUGAACUCAGUUCCACACUGGGGGAUGAUGACUUGCUGUUGGGGGACCCGCCGAUAAUCAUGGACAGUGAGUCUCAUAGCCACAGCACUCACCAUAUUAGAGACUAAACAAGUGAACCACCAGCAUUGUGUCUGAGCUGAGCUACACAAAACAGGACUGCAUGGUCGCUGAAUACAGCUGCACAUGUUCUGCACACUUCAGCCUGAGUGAAAUGAAUGAGGUCAUAUAACAUGGAAAACAAUGGAGCACGCAACGUUUGGUAUGUAAAUGGGCACGGUAGGAAAAGGUUUGCAGGCCGAGAGGGUCAGAGAUGGUACAAAAGUGAAAGAUGUGCCUCUUGAGAAGCUGCUAACAAAACAUAUUUCUAGGCAUGCACCGGAAUAUCAUUUUGGUCGAAACAGAAACUGAACAAAUCCAAACUUUUGGGCAAAUGAUGUAUAUCGAUUUUUUUUUUUUUUGCAGUUUUUCAUUUAUUUUCUCAUUUUUCACCACUGACUUAAUUAAACAGCCUAACCCUGCAUUCACACUGCCAGGUGACAGAGCAUCAAGCGAUCAUAACAUUUCUCCCAAAUUUCAAAUAAAAAUAUUGUCAUUUAGAGAAAAUAAGAAAUAGCUGAAAAAACAAAAAAGAUGCAGAGCUUUCAAACCUCAAAUAAUGCAAAGAAAACAAGUUCAUAUUCAUAAAGUUUUAAGAGUUCAGAUCAAUAUUUGAUGGAAUAACUGGUUUUAAAUCACAGUUUUCAUGCAUCUUGGCAUGUUCUCCUCCACCUGUCUUACACACUGCUUUUGGAUAAAUUUAUACCACUCCUGGUGCAAAAAUUCAAGCAGUUCAGCUUGGUUUGAUGGCUUGUGAUCACCCAUCUUCCUCUUCCAUCUUCCUCUUCCUUUUCAAUUUGGUAAAAUCAAAGAAACUCAUAAUUUUUAAGUGGUCUCAUAUUUUUUUACAGAGCUGUAUAUCUUCAGCAGUGUGGGUCUGAACAUGACAAAAUGUCUGACGGCCUCUGAAGAUAUUUUCCAGUUUUAUGUGAUGCAUCUUUGCACAAAUACAGGGACAGUUCCGGGGGAAGAAAGUAGCAGAUAGCUUAAUAGGUAGCUUGCUAGAUUAGAUACUGCUAAUAAGCCACGCCUGUACAUACAUAUAUUUCUGCUCACACACAACACAAGCAGCCUCACACACUCCCAAAAGAGACAGUGAUUUGUCACUUGCCAGUGUGAACACAGGGUAAAUGUACACAGUAAAUCUGUCGGUGUUAAUGAACACUUUUAUUGUUAAAUUAAUACUGCAAGUAAUUAUAAAGCUACAAUAAAAAAUAUUUAGUGUACCUUUUUUUUCGCACAAUAAAAAGCACCAUGUUAUAAGGUGCACUAUUAAUAAACAUCUAUUUUCUGGUGUAUUUUCAAACACAAGGUGCACUGGAUUAUAAGGUGCAUUAUGCGACACUAGUAAGGAACAGCGGUCGUCAUGUUUUCCUUCGAAUUCCUUCUCGCUAGGUGGUGAGACCUCUAUAGCUAAGCUAAGUAAACAAAACUGUAAUUCUUAAAAAAGAUAUAUUUUAAAGUCAGAUGAGCGGUGGUGUUAAUGCAUAAAAAUGAACUUAAACUUGCCGGUUGUUGACUGCUUGCCGGCUCCCUGACUGAUUCUAAAGAACAGAUCUGUGAUGUGAAACGCAAGGCGGCCAGAGAUAUUGCAAUAUGACUUCAAAUAAAUAUGUAUCAAUUAUUAUAUUAUUAUUUUCAGUUGCCAAAUAAUUUCAGUUGCCAAUAUUUGGUGCGUCCCUACUUAUUUUAGUUCAUCCUCAUGUGUUCUCACCUUAUAAUACGUAAGGUGUGGGGAUAAUAACUCUCUUUUUUUUUGAGUUAUUAUAAGAAUAAUAACUCUUCUUUAGAUAUAGCAGUUAUCUGCAGGGGCUAUACAGGGCUUUUACCUUUUGUACACUAAAAUGAUUUUACAUAAUACUAAUAAUGGAUCAGCAAUUAUGAAGAAGGCUUAUUAGAAAGAGCAUCACACAUAACACAUGUGAAGGGGGCCACACACUUUUCUAGCAGGGGCUCAUUAGAUAAAGUCAGACUGAUAAAUCAGACUGGCCAUCAGAACUCAAUACUUGAAUUAUAUAUUGGAAGAAAGCCGUGUGGAAGACAGCAGUGCAAUGGAGGCGGUAAAAAAAAGGGACAUUUAUACUGUAUGUAAGCAUCGCAGCAACCCAGCCAAACAUUAUCUGAAACGGAUCUUGGGACAUUAAAAUGUUAUAUAAGCUGUUGAAUUCUGCUGUAAACAAAAGGAUGAGCAGCUGAAGAUGUGCUAGUAUCUGUUGCCUUCAUCAUAAUUUGCAUUAAGGACGUUAUUUUCUAACUGCUUUGUGCAUGGAUGGUGCCCUGGACUGACCAAACUGGAGCCAGACCUAAAUCCAACUAAAACGGAUACAAAUAUUACACAAAUGUGAUACUGUGGACCUUCAUAUAAGCCUUGCUUGGACAACCACAACAAAAAAUGAAGCAACUCUCCAGCUGCCACACUCCAAAUUCACCGUACACUGGCUGCACUCAUCAGCGUAAAGUUGCUGUAGAUUACACCUUUGUUUAAGCAAGUAUCCGUUUACUAUUUAAGACUGGACUGAUUUUUUUAUGCUCUGUUGUGGACUUGGACUUAUUGUGGUGUUGUGUACUUUUGCACUUGUUAAGACCAGUUCAAAACUGUGCCAGGUUACCAGAAAAUGUUAAGAAACUGCCUUUACAACCAUAUUACUCUGUAAUGUUUAGAAACAGGACAUGUUUUGAGAGGACAAUGUAGCACAUGCAUUAUUCUUGGCCUUGUAUUAAAUCCAGUCAUAUAUUA